AGAUUGACGCGCGUCGCGAUUCGGGCACGCGGAUCGUGCGUACGAAGUCGCGCGUGCGGCCACGCGCGACCACGUACCGUGGCAUCGCGCGUCCCGAGUUGGUGAAUCGCCCGUUGUACCGGCUCGCCCUUUCCGCAGGAAGGUUAUAUCGCGCCUUCCUAUCGUCCUCCGCCUUGCUCACCGUCCGCCGCGCGGGACUCCGCGAUCCUCGGGAUUCCCGUCCGCCGUCCACGUGGGAAGGGGGAAAGCAAGACGGGGAGACACCAUGCCGUACUCCGAAAUUACAUUUCGGAGUUUGUCUGUGUAGAUUCUCAUAAGAUGUUACGCCAUCAACAUCACGCAAUGCAAAAUCAGCUUCGAGAUAAUAGAAUGGCAGGACCAAUGCGGCCUAUGCAGCAGGCUAGCAUGCCCCAGCUACAUCAGCCGCAGCAUUUGUUACCGCAUAGGAAUCCGCAUCAACAAAUACUGUCAAUGCCCCCCCAUCAACAGCAUAUGCAUCACAUGCAGCAUCCUGGCUCGCCGCAUGGAAAUCCAAGACAACCAAUGUUGAUGGGCAUGAAUACGCACAAUACAAACAAUACCAUGGUUAGCGUUAGCAUGAAGGACCAAGCAAAUACAGUUUCUGUAACUCUUCAAAACGUGCAACAGCCUCAGUAUCCACAUCAGCAGCAACCACAACAGCAGCAACAACCGAAUAAUCAGCAGAAUCAACCUCCCCAACAGCAACAGUCGCAGCAGCAGGUGCAGCAAUCACAAUCGCAGCAACAGCAGCAGCAACAUGUGCCGCAGCAAGCAAAUGUGGAUCAAUCAAAGGCAGUAACGAAUGAUGCCAAUGGAGAGUCCAGAGAUGACAAUGCGUCUGGUCAAAAUCAUGCCAACGGAACUAAUCCAGCUUUGGCAAACAUGAAAGAAAAAACACCCAUGUGCUUAUUAAACGAGUUGGCGAGAUUCAAUAGGAUUCAACAUCAAUACAGACUGACCAACGAGCAGGGACCGGCGCACAAAAAGAGAUUCACGGUGACACUGAAACUUGGCGAAGAAGAAUACGUUGCUGAAGGUCCUAGUAUAAAAAAGGCUCAACACAGCGCGGCGACCGAAGCAUUGACGAAAACUUGGUACCGUCAACCUCCACCUAAACCCACUAAAGCCAUGAGGAUCGGUCAUCUGGGCAAAUGUCCGACAGGUUCUGGACAUUUACCGCCCACUGUCGAACUAAACGCCUUAGCGAUGAAACGGGGUGAGCCAACUGUUUAUACGUUCCGACAAGCACCUCCAGCUACGUUGCAGCACCAGUUUAUGCCGCACGGAUUCGGUAAUUUCCCACGAAUGUAUACUCCGCGGCUCACAUACAAUCGUGGAGUUCACACAGACCUUCAAGGAUUAUAUCUUGUCACUUUGAAAGUGGGCGAACGCGAAUUCACGGGUAGAGGUUUAACAGGCCAAGCAGCUCGUCACGAUGCCGCCAGCAGAGCCUUAGAACAAUUACGCCAGUUGCCGUUACCAGAAGAGAUCGCAAACGUCAAUAAUACCAAUGAGAAUGGCACGCUGGGUGGCAUUGACGAUCCGAAUGCUGAAUUGAAAAGUCCUGUAUCUCUUGUUCACGAGACUGCUCUGAAACGUGGACUGCCAGUCAGUUUUGAAGUCGUAUCCGAAAGCGGUAAACCUCACAUAAGAACCUUCAUGACAAAAUGCACCGUUGGCGAGAAAGUUACUGUGGGAGAAGGAUCCUCGAAAAAAGUAUCGAAGAAACGCGCCGCCGAAUUAAUGUUGGACGAACUAAAGCGUCUUCCUCCGUUACCGGCUACUAUUCAGAAUCGAACGAUGCGAGUGAAACGUAAACCGCCAGCGACGAAGAAGAAAUCUCGUAACUUGAUCAAAGUUUAUCAAGAGCCCCGCGCGGAGAAUGAAGCCGCGGAGGAGGUCAAUCCGGUCUCCCGGUUGGUUCAAAUUCAACAGGCGAAGCGAGAGAGAGAACCGGUUUACAAUCUGAUUGAUGAGAAGGGCGCUCCCAGACGCAGAGAAUUUGUCAUGGAAGUAACAAUGGGUCAGCACUCCGCCCAGGGAAUCGGACCUAACAAGAAAUUGGCUAAGAGAGCUGCGGCUGAAGCUCUCUUGGCGCAAUUGGGAUAUAGUAAACCGUCACCGCAACCCGCGAAACCGUCUAUAAAGACGGGAGAAAGCGAAAACACAGAAUCGAAGCCUAGAAAAGUUACAUUUCUCGAGGAUGAACAAAUGAAUGACACUCAACCUCACUCGGUAGGAGGUACCAUAGGCCGCCAAUUAGUACCUGGUCUUUUAUUGGUGGACGGAGGUCAAGAAUCUAAACUGGGGAAUGGACCCAGCGUACAAAUAGUCGCUGAAGAAUUGCGCGAACAGCAACAGCAGAAUACAGCUGGUGUUUCGCCCAAGGAUCAAUUGCAUUAUUUAUCUCAAUUAUUUAAUUUCAGCGUAGAAUUUAGCGAUUUUCCCAAGGGAGUGUCUAUAAACAAGGAAUAUUUAUCACUUGUGUCGCUAAGCACUGAUCCACCACAAGUUUGUCACGGUAAUGGAGCGACAAUAACCGCGAGUCGCAAUCAAGCGGCUCUAAGGGCGCUUCGUACUCUUAGUAAAUUGGGACUUGAUAAUGCCUCGAAUGCAACACAAGUGAAGAAGGACAAAGGUGCGUCUGGUGAUGGAAUACACAUUAGCAUUCAAGUUAAAAAUAACAUAAUGGAUGGAGCUAUCGAUAAGUAAUUGAAUAGCGCUUAAGACAUAUAUAAUGUUGAGUUAUAUUUAUGCUUCUUUAGAACACUGCAAAAGAAAAUUAAGUGAAUCCCAUUGUCAUAAAGUUUUUUUACAUAAUGGCUGAUGUUAUGGUAUUAAUUCAUUGUUCAGUUUCACAUUUGUGCUAUACCUCGACAGAGACUUUUUUGUCAAUUGCGCCAAGAAGGUCUUAAUCGCGGUUAGCUAUGUCCAAUUCCUUUAUUCAAGAAAGAAAUAUUCUUAUUAGCUAUUAAAAUAUCUUGUUCGUAGAAUCAUUUUUUUCUGUGCAGUAAUCUAGAACAAAAAAUGAUAUAUAAUAAUCUGGUUAUAUUUGCAAUUGUAUAUUUAUAUAUCAGUCUCAAAAAUUUAAACAAAAUGUUGUGUGCAUGAUCUAGUUAUUUUUAUUUUACGCGUUUAUCAUUUGUAUAUUGUUGGAUUGAUUACUAUCUGUAUUAUUGAAAUAUAAUAAAAAUCAAAUAGCUAUAAAUUUAAAUCCAUUUAUAUAAAAUUAUUGAAAUUAUUAGCACAUGUUAUGUUAUAAAUCUUCCUGAAAUCUUUUGCAGUGUCCUAAUUACAUUAAAAUGCUGUUCAAGCACCAAUAAGCGAUAUAUUUAAUAAUUGUGUAAGAAUUCUUUCGUUUAAUGACUAAGAAUAUCCGAUCAAUCACAGUAAACAAUGACGAGUUUUUGUGAUUAUCGGAAUUAUCUAUUGUUAUAAAUUACAAUAAUGUCGUAUCAUUGAACGAUUCGUAUAUUAUAGCUCUUGCAAAAUUAAUAAAUAAUGCUAUAGAAUCGCGAGGAACAUUAUUGGUGCUUGAUCGUGAUUGCGAUCCUAGCAGUGAUAUAACUGCUAUAUUUAUUGUAACGUUUUCAUUGGCAGGAUCACAAUAGCAAUAUACUUAUCUACAAUGAUUCAAAAUGGUCAUUCUCCAGUUAGGAUCAGUCUAUAAUAUAUAAUAAACACUAUAGGCAAACAUUAAGUGAAAUCACAAGACCUGGAGAUGAAAUGCGACCAUCUCUUAAUUUUUCAAUUGAAUUGAAUUUCCUUAGCUUCCACAUUAUCAUGAAAAAAUGCUACAUAUUGUUACCUAAUUAGUAAUAAUUAUAUAUAAUUGUAAGUUUCUCUUUUUUUUCUUUUUUUUGUAAUCUUCCGUUGUUCGAAAUUGAUCACUUUAUAUUUUAUGUGUAUAUUUUUUUGUCGCUCCAUUUUAAAGAGAAAGCAUGUUAAAACUUAUUCCCAUUGAGUCGCAUAUAAAAAUUAUAAAAUCACGUAUUUUUCCAGAAUAAAAACUCUGGGCUACGUGCGCUUAGAGAUACGUGUUGAUUAAACGAUUGUGUGAAAGGUCAAAUAGCUAACGUUUAAAAUUAUAAAAUAUAGGUAAAGCGAUAUACACUGUCCCUAUACCCCAAUUUGCUUUUCUACAGGGGCCAGAAGCAAUCUGGGGUUACAUAUUCACAUGUAUCGUAAAAUACUGAAAAAUGAAAGGAAAUGGAAAUUUCCAUACAUCUGUCAUUUGAAUAAAAAUAUAAUAAUGAUACGUUGUAUAGGAAAUUUCGGCGAAUAUAAAACAGAAAGAAAAGAAGAUAGUAAUUAAAAGUUUGCGUCCCGUUGCGUCAAGACCAUUGCAAAAUUGUUUUAAAUCUCGGUAAGAAACAUCCUGAAAAGUAACGGCGAAUUUUGUCUGGUUGAGAGGCGAGGGGAACAGAAAUUUCCAUACACCUAUCGUUCGCAGAUAGACAGUAAUGAUACGUUGCAUCGGAAAUUUCCGGCAAAUCUAAAAGAGAGAGAAAAAAAAGAAGAGAAGGCAAUAAUUCAAAAUUUGUCCCGUUGCGUCAAGACUAUUACAAAAUUGUUCUAAUUUUGCUGAAGAAAUAAUCCUGAAACAACGGUGAAUUUUGUAUUACUGUCAAAUAACUAAGAAUAAGAAUACUAGAGUGGAAGAGACUAAUAAUAAUGAAUAAAGAUAAACAUUGAGAAACGGUACAAGCUUUGAACAUUCACGUAACUUUUACUUCUUGAACUUGAGUUCUUUGUGCGCAAUGCUGUACGAACGUUGCCUUUUACUUGACAUAGUGUAACGUCACAGAGCUUUGUACCGGCGUUCUCAGCCAAACGACUUGUUGUCUUCUAUUCAUUGUAUUAUCGUGUUAUAUAUGCGAUUUACUGAACAACAAAUACAAAGCAGUUUAUAUAAACUUUAACUGCAUAAACGAUUAGUAAGCUGUAUUAUUGUUCACUAAAAUCGUGCGCAUUUUAAUGCCCGAUACUCGGUAUAUUGAAAAUUCGUAACAAAUGUUCGCGAUAUAAUAUUGGAUAUGUCGAUUAAAUUAAGAUUUGUUUGCAACACAUUCGAUGAAAGAAAUUAUUUAUUGACUCUUCGAGACUCUAGUUGGGUUUUGUUUUGCCUGAUACCGAUAGCUUUCAUAAGUGGGCCUUUCUUGUUCAUGUGACAUUCAGUAUUAUGAGACAUGGUAGUAGAUUCCAUUAUAUACAUAUAUAGUUUUUCAAGAGCCGAAACAGGACGAAGAUGCGAAUUGAACGAUUUAACGUUGCGUACGCUGCAAAAGAGGAGAAAAAAAAUGAUUUUCUGUUAAGAACUGUAAUACCGUAUAGUUAAUAUUAUCGAAUAGAUAAGCGAAUAUAACGUAUCAAUUUACCGAGAUACCGGAAAUAAAAUCCUUCGACACUUUGAAGAGAAAAAAAAAGAUAGCUCGUUCGCUCGCGUUAAGAACUCGACAUAUCGAAUCGAGUUUGAUCUGCAAAGUGUCGAGAAAACAUAGGCCGAUGUGCCGACAUUGUCGGAAAGAAAAAGAGUUGAAUUUGCGAAAUACCAGUUCCAUGCGUAAUCCAUAUUUCGUUCUGUUAUGUUUUGUUUUAACGCCGUCGCACAUAUACAAAUGCUCUACGAUAUUUGCUACAUUUGCUUACUUUCGAUUAGAAGGAGAUCGAGCAACCGCUGCCAUUUCACCACGUUACAACAUUUGCUAUGUAAAGCUUCUGUAAAAUAUAUUAACUUCUUGCCGUUUUUCAAUUAGUUGGCGGGCACUUAUGCCGAACGCGCGAAGGAAAGUACCGUAUACCGUAAUGUAGUCCGAUUAUGUUAGAAUUAUAUUUUAGGUAAAACAAUUUGUUCAUAUGCUGUAACGAAUGCUGUAUAAAAUACAGUUACGUAAUGCGUCCUCGGUAGCCUCCAUCGAAAAUGAUUACUUCUUGAGUAAAUGAAUCCUAAAAUGAUCGAGGAAAUCAUUCGUAUCGAUGAAGCUUUAAUUGCAUUUGGAAAGUGAACGAAUUGUACGACGUAUAGGAAUCUACUGCUUUCCUCUAUCCGCAUCAGUUUGUAUUUGACGUCGAUGAGAACGAUUGUAGAAAGGUUUCACGUACAUGUAUAUGGCCUUUUUACUGUGCGUUUCAAAUAUACGCAUGACAAGGUGGCACACGAA